AUGGGGCCCGCGACGAGUCUUUUUAAGACCCUCCUCAUUCCCGCCCUCAUAUCCUUGGCCCUGUAUCUCGUAUUGUUCUACGCAGUUGUCCCAUUCAUUCGAAACUAUCGGCAACGAUAUGCGCAAUACCUCCCUCUUCAUACCCUAACCAUUCACACAGCUUCCCUUCGAGAGCGCGCAUCUGACGCUUUGAUGCAUUUCAUGCUCCCCUCCGCCUGGAGGUCAACACAGUUUGCCGAAAGGCAGGACGACUCUGGGAGUCUCUUCGACGAAGAAGAAGGUGAAGGAUUAGUAGGCUUUGAAAUGGAUCCUACCCGGCGAGCUGCCCUGGAAAGACGGAGAGACGAUCCUUUGGGUACUGAAGGACGUCUUAGCCGAGAGUUGGAGGAAGGAUUCAUGGACGACAGCGAAGACGAUUCUGGAAUGGCUAUCAUUGAUGGGAUUGAAGUAUUGAUCAUGCUUUCCAACUUGAAUUUUCCAUUGCAAGAGCAGGGCCUUCCGAUUUCAACCGCCUAUGAGGAUGAUGUAGUUGCUUGGGCUUCCAACAGUACACGCAUCUCAAAAGCUGUCAUUGCACCUCCGGGGCAGACUUUUGCUAUCAAUAUCCGCUUGAGACCAGAGUUUGAUGUCUCAGUUGGAGAUGGGCUACAUGUUACACUUAAAAUCGAUCAGGGUGCCAUAGUCAAUCAUUUCUAUUCAUUUAAAUUUACUGAAAUGGAGGUGGACCGUGAAGGACUGUUCAUCAAAGUAAUUGACAAUGCUAUUAUUGGUGCACCAGGGGGGUUUGAAAAAGUUCUCUUCUCCUUUGUGGAUCUUCCCCCAUACCUUCUACUUCUUCCUUGUGGACAUGAGGCCCCUGAACAUGAAUACCCACAGGGCAAGAUUUCAGUGACAAUAAUACGUGUAACACAUGUUCUGCAGCCACCACAACAAGCAGCUGUCCCCUCCCCGGAGGUACAAAGUCUGUUCACUGUGUCUCAAGGAGAUGCCAUGAAACCCAUUCGCCUAGGUGUAGCAUAUCUACCUCUAGUUCUAGAGCAAACACUUCCUGCUAAGCUAGGGAAUGAACGUGUGCGUCAUUUUGUAUUAUGGUAUACAGUGACAACAAAGCUAUUCCAAGGAUAA